AUGACAACAACACUCUUCCAUCCAAACAACAGCAACAACAACAACUCAUUCUCUCCCAAUGUACUCUCAUUUGCCAAUUAUUUACGUGAUGGUGUCAUUCUUGCUCAAUUAGGUAAAAUUCUUUCUCCUUCUUCAGUCACUAAAAUUCAUCAACACAAAAAGGGAAGUCUCUUACAAAUAUUAGCCAUAGAGAAUAUGAAUCAAUUUUUCAAAGCAUGUCAUGAUAUUGGAUUUCCAAAUGGAUACAUUUUUCAAAUCAAUGAUUUAUGGGAAUAUAAAAAUAUAUUCAAAGUUGUGCAAUCCAUUCAUUCCUUAUCAUUAUAUUUGAGUAGUAGAAGAUUUGGAUUUGAAGGUAUAAAAUCAUUGAAUUCAUCAUUAUUGAAUAAUAAUAGUAACAGUGACAGUGCUAAUACUAUCAUUCAUAAUAAUAAUAUCAUUCAUAAUAAUAAUAGCAAUGACAGGGUGAAUGUUGACAUGCACUCCAUUCUCAAUUAUACCUAUGAAGAUGUUCAAAUUAACAUGGAACAUUUAGAGAAAUUGAAUGAUGUGAGACAAUAUUCAUCAUCCUUACUGUUAAGUAUGAUGAGUAAAUUCAAUACCACUAGUAGUAGUAGCAGUAAUAAUAAUCAUACUGAUGAAAACAGUUCAAGUCCACAACCAUUGAGUAAUUCCAAGUUAUCGACAACAACCAAGAUGAAUCCAAGAACAACAACAUGGACAACCCAAUCUCAACCCUUGUCAUCCCAACCCUUGUCAUCCACAACUUUAAUUACGACGACCACAACAACAACAAGUAUACCAACGACUACCACUUCAAGUAUUCCAACAACAACACCAUCAUCACAACAACAACAACAACCAUCAUCAUCAUCACUACUCCUCACCUCCUCAAUAACCACCAAUCAUCAUCACCUUAAUACAUCCACUUCUCAACGCUCAUCAUCAUCACAACAACAUCCAAUCAACACACUACUACUACGAUCUUCAACACUCUCUCCAAUGAUGGAUGAUGAUGAUCAAACAAGUCAUUGUUCAAGUCAAUCCACAUCUUCUUCACUCUCUGCCAUUUCACCCUAUACAGUAGAUAUUGAUAUGUGUUGUAUUGAUGAACAUUAUGGAUGUGGAAAUGUUUUAUUGAAACUACAACAACAACAACAACCACCACAACAACAACUUGGAACCAAACUCACAUUGAAUACUAGUACAAGUUCUACUCCUCUCUCAUCUUGUUUUCAUGCAGGUCAACAAUAUGAAUUUCGAAUUAUUGCCAAAGAUGCUGAAGGAGAGAGAAUUGAAAUGGGUGGAGAGACAUUUAUUGUGAAAUUAUUUUAUAAUUAUGUAUGGAGUGGUCAUACUAGUAAUAGUAGUGCCAGUAUUGGACAUGUUCAUAGUAGCAGUGGUAGUAGUGCCAAUACUGGACAUGGUCAUGUUAAUCAUUCUACCACAAUGGAUUAUAUUGAAUCCAUCUUCUCAGAAAUGAGUCAACUCUUGGAUCAUAAUGAUGGUCAUGAUGUGGAAAUCAACCCUUGUACUAAUAACAACAAUACUACUACUAUUGGUACUACUACUACUUGUGAGAAUGAAUCAUCAAAAAUCUAUACUCCUACAAUGAUGAAUGAUCCAAUCUUCCAAAAAUCUCAACAACGUUCAACAGGAUGA